AUGUCCAUCAAAGUCGAAGGGCUCCUGGGCGACCCCGUCUUCGAAGAAAGAGAGAACAUCACCGACUUUCCGCGCGAACCCUUCGUGCCCCAGCGCACAUGGGGCACGGCCGCCGAGCGCGCGCGACGCAAUCUCAACGCCAAACUCUCCAAUCCGCUCGCCGGCUUCACGGCCUCGGAGCUGCGCACCCAGGGCCGCAAUUUUGCCAUCAUGCACGAGAUGGGCGAUACGUCAGAUAUUCGCGCGUUUGAGCUGGGCGCUGUGCUCGCGCAGGCGCCGGAACGGUAUGCUACUGUCGAGGGACUGACGGCUCCGGAGAAGGAGCUGCUGCGGCGUGAGUUUGCGCAUCGCUGGUCGCAGCCGUGGAAGAUGUAUGCGGUUGUGGCGUUGUGUUCGCUCAGCGCCGCCGUGCAGGGAAUGGGUAUGUGCCGUCCUUAUACAACCCAGCACGGUAGAUUUAUUCCAAGAUAUCCACUAAACAUGACAUGCAUAUAUAUAGAUGAGACGGUUGUCAACGGUGCCCAGAUUUUCUACAAACCCCAAUUCGGAAUCGCAGACAACGGAUCCAGGUCAUCGUGGCUGGCUGGUUUGGUCAACGCCGCUCCGUAUCUCUGCUGUGCCGUCCUCGGUUCCUGGCUCACAGUCCCAUUCAACCACUACUUCGGUCGUCGAGGAACGAUAUUUCUUACAUGCUGCUUCUCGGCCAUCACUUGUCUGUGGCAAGGCUUCGUCAACACAUGGUGGCACAUGCUGCUGGCACGAUUCAUGCUCGGUCUCGGUAUCGGUCCGAAGUCGAGUACUGUGCCUGUGUACGCAGCAGAGACGGCACCGCCAGCCAUCCGUGGUGCCUUGGUCAUGCAAUGGCAGGUGUGGACGGCAUUUGGGAUCUUUCUGGGCUACGCCGCCGACCUGAUGUUUUUCCAGGUGGCAGAUAUACCAGGCAUUGUCGGCUUGAACUGGCGGCUCAUGAUGGCCUCGGCCAUGUUUCCCGCACUGGUCGUGUGCUGCUUUGUUUUCCUCUGCCCGGAGUCGCCGCGCUGGUAUAUGGGUCAGAAACGAUACUACAAGGCUUACGAGUCUAUGCGGACCUUGCGCCAUCAUAAGAUCCAGGCUGCUCGUGAUCUAUACUACAUGCAUACAUUGCUCGAAGCGGAGAAUUCCAUGAAACUGGGUCAGAACAAGAUCAUCGAGAUGAUUACUGUUCCCCGGAACCGGCGCGCGAUGUUAGCAUCGGAGAUUGUCAUGUUCAUGCAGCAGGUGAGUGACCCAUGUCCCCCAACCCAACAACACCCCCGACUAAUAACCACACUCCAGUUCUGCGGCGUCAACGUAAUAGCCUACUACUCCUCCGAAAUCUUCCUCGAAGCCAACUUCUCUCCAAUGGCCGCCUUCUCGGCCUCACUAGGCUGGGGGGUAAUCAACUGGCUCUUCGCCCUACCGGCAUUCUACACAAUUGACACCUUCGGUCGCCGCAACCUCCUCCUAACAACCUUCCCCCUAAUGGCGCUAGCCAUGUUCUUCACAGGAUUCAGCUUCUACAUUCCCGAGAGCAGCCACUCCGCUCGCAUCGGCUGCAUCGCACUGGGAACCUACCUCUUCGGGAUCGUUUACUCCCCUGGCGAGGGUCCCGUCCCCUUUACCUACUCCGCAGAGGCAUAUCCGCUCUACGUGCGCUCGUACGGGAUGGCACUCGCAACGGCCACGACGUGGCUCUUCAAUUUCCUGUUGGGGGUUACGUGGCCCUCGCUGCGUAAUGCGUUCACGCCCACUGGUGCGUUCUGCUGGUAUGCGGCGUGGAAUAUUGUCGGAUGGUGGCUGAUUCUUAUGUUCCUGCCUGAGACGAAGGGAAAGACGCUUGAGGAGUUGGAUCAGGUGUUUUCGGUCCCGACGAGGUUCCAUGCUAAGUAUGGGUUGCGUCAGAUUCCGUAUUUUGUGAAGAGGUAUUUGCUAAGGAGGAGUGUUAAGCCCGAGAUUUUAUAUGAGAAGGAAGAGAUGGUGCCUGUGCAGGAUUUGGGGUUUCAGGCUUGA